AUGAAGUCGCUCUCCGUCCUGACCACUCUGGCCGUUGCUGCUCUUGUGAGCGCUGCUCCCCAGAAGUUCCAGCUCUCGAACAGCACAGACGUUACGUGGAACCCAGCUCCGUCAGAUCAGAGCACCUGCGAGCCCUCGAGCUUCUCCCAAGGUCCGAUUCCCAAUGCCGCCGACUGGCGCGUCUGUGCCGCCCUCCUGAGUGCGUGGGCUAGCGAGAACGGAACCUUUAGCAUUCGCGACGCCUCGGGCAGUGCCUGGAUCCCCGUCCUCAAGUCGGAAGGCUGCACCUUGGGCGUCAAGGCUUCGGAGCAGGGUCAAGGACCCUACAUCGUGGGAGACGAGGAUGUCAAAGCAAUCUUCAACAUCGCGCUCGAGUACUACUCGGAGGGAACCGACCUCUCCGUCGAGGGCAACGUCAAGUGCGAUGUUGCUGAUGGCGGCCGAGCGGGUCUUAACUGGCAAAUCUACCGCCAGUAA